AUGCGCCGGAGGCUCUGUUGCGGAAGAGAGUGGAGGGCGAGGCAGCGAGACGUGGGUACUGCGCAUGUUCUGAGCGUGACGUUGGUAUUUGAAGUUAGUGGCGAAGCGUAAAGGCGGUAACCGGUUUCUUGAAAUCUUCCUCUAGACCAAGGCCUGGGAACCCACGUUUUGAGCCCACUAAGAGGUGUCAUGCUGAGUUUUCUACUUUAAGCCGCAGAUCUUGGCUUCGGCGUUUGGGGCAAAUUCAGUUCUCGUUCUCGGGCCGGUUAUUCUUGAAUUCUCGCGAGAUCGGCGCGCUGCCCCGAGGGUAGCUCGAGAGCCGGUAUCUCCUAGGAGCCGGGUCAGGCCGACGCCGCCGCUUCAGAGAGGUGGGGUCGCGGCCUCCCCCGGGGGCCCGCUUAACGCCGGCGAACGCCGCCUGGGAUCCCGGCAGAGAUGGAUGAGGAUCUGGUGUUGGCACUACGGCUUCAGGAGGAGUGGAACUUGCAGGCGUCGGAGCGCGACCGGGCCCAGGCGCCCCUGUCGCUGGUGGACGCGUCCUGGGAGUUGGUGGACCCAACCCCGGAUUUGCAGGCCCUGUUUGUGCAGUUCAACGAUCGGUUCUUUUGGGGCCAGCUGGAGGCUGUCGAGGUGAAGUGGAGCAUGCGAAUGACCCUGUGUGCUGGGAUAUGCAGCUAUGAAGGGAGGGGCGGAAUGUGUUCCAUCCGGCUCAGUGAACCUCUUUUAAAGUUGAGACCGAGAAAGGAUCUUGUAGAGACCCUCUUGCAUGAAAUGAUCCACGCCUAUCUAUUUGUCACUAAUAACGAUAAAGACCGGGAAGGGCACGGCCCAGAGUUCUGCAAACAUAUGCAUCGCAUCAAUCGCCUGACCGGAGCCAACAUAACGGUGUACCACACGUUCCACGACGAGGUGGAUGAGUACCGGCGACACUGGUGGCGCUGUGACGGGCCGUGUCGGCACAGGAAGCCCUACUACGGCUACGUCAAACGCGCCACCAACAGGGCGCCGUCCGCUCACGACUACUGGUGGGCAGAGCACCAGCAGAAGUGUGGUGGCACCUACGUGAAGAUCAAGGAGCCGGAGAACUACGCCCGGAAAGGCAAGGGGAAGACAAAACUAGGAAGGCAGCCGGCGGCCGAAAAGAAAGAUCAGCCCAACAGAGGUGAGACCCAGCUGUUGAUCCCUUUCAGUGGGAAAGGAUACGUCCUGGGAGACGCGAGCAAUUCGCCUUCGUCCGGGAGAUUUGUCGCUUCACACGCCGUCAAUAAAACCCAAGAUCUUUUAAGUCAAGACCGCUCAGCAACAGCUCUGAGACCUAAUUCUAAAAUGGAGGUGAACUCUGAACAGAAUGGUCCAAGCAAAAAAACCUCUCUCGUCGCCCCUGUUCUUGCUGCCAGUCGCCAAAAUGUCGUAAGCAACUACUUUCCUAGAGUGUCAGCUGCCAACCAGAAGGCCUGCAGAAGUGUGAGUGGAUCUCCACCAAAAAGCGGGGCAGUCAGCGACCUCCCUAAAAACUCCGUCUCUUCCACGUCUCACAGAAGGGUCCCCUCCUCUAAGAUAGCCCCGAGAAAUUCUUUAAAAGCCCCGGAAUCGACACCUGUGACCGCGGCCCUGGACGGGAGCGGGCCCGAAGAGAGAUUGCCAAGUAAACGAGCCAGGCUAGAAGACCAGUCUGUUUCUGACGAGCUUUUUAUCAAGAAAGAGCAAGUGCAACGUGGUGGAAGUGAUUCUAAGUGGAGUUCACGUCCUCCAGCUGCGGCUCAGAGCUCCAGCCCUUCAGCCAGUCAGAGCAGAGCGGUCACUUGUCCUGUUUGUUGGAACGAAGUCCUAGAGUCGCAAAUUAACGAGCACUUGGACCGGUGCCUUGAAGGUGCUAGCACCGAUGGCAAAAGUUGAAAAGGUCUUCGGAAAACAGACGGGUGUCACACGCCACCUGUAUUACCUCACUAGUCUAGUAUCAGGCCCUCAGGAAGUUCUGGUACAUACUCCGAUUUGUCGGUUAGAAUCUAGUUCUAUUUUAUAUAUACACAUGAGAUUAUAAUGAAAAAUAUUUUAUGUUUUAAGGCACUACCGUUCACUCCUGCCUUGUGUAUACUGUAGCCCAGAGUUUACUCUGCAUGUAUACACGUAGAAUUUUUAGAUAUUCGUGUUCUUGCAGUUAAUCUUUUUAUUUAUACACCUUCCUCAGAAUACUCCGUGAGGAAUCCUGUCCGGUGUUUGGUUCACUGAGCAUUUCUUCAGUUACAUUAAAACUCAGUCCUAGAACUGAUGUUAAUUUCAUGAUGUCAGACAUACUGACCAAAAAACACAGUCUGGGGUACACAGCAUAUUAGUUGUUUCAGGGUACUCAGAGGCUUGUUUUGUUUGUUUUUGUUUUUUUUCAAUCUUCGCAGGAAGUAAAUUUUCUCUGUUUUAAAGAAUUUUACUUGUGUCAUCACUGAAAGGUGGCAGCAGAUUUUAGGUUCAAGUACAUAAGGAGUACAGUAAAAUAAACCUCUUUUAGAAUGUUGCCAGUAACAAAUAGCUACUGCAGUUUCGUAGGCCAGGGUUGAGCGGUUUUCUCAACGCGUCGCCGAGUGAGUGGAUCCCGUGCUACCCACCUGGAACGUACAACGUCACAGAGCUGCCUCGGUGGUGUUCACGGUAGCGCGUUCUCUGGAAACAGUAUUAUGAGCCGUAAGCCAAAGUUGUAAUCGUUCUAAUAAAAAGGAAUCCCAUUUGUGCAUUUUGAAAAGUAGAAUUCUUUUCGGAAAUACCCCUUUCCACCUCUGGCAAAGAGACGAAGGUACUUUCGUCUGCCGACUUUCUGUCUCUGGCGACGCCUCUAGCACGUUGGUUGGCAUAUUCCUGAGAGUUUAGUUCACGGGUUCUCCCUUUUCUCGACUUUGUUGCAACACGACCUGUGUGUUCCUAAGGGGCCAGAUCCCCAGUGUACAGCGGGGUGAGCUUCCCCGGGGGGGCCCCUGGGCGCCUGCUGCCCAGAUCAAGUUAGAGAACGCUGCGGUUCCCGCAGGAGGUGUCCUCAAGGGUGCCCACUCCUGAAGUCCGAACCCACAACCUCCAAAGGUAACACGGUUUUCAUCUCCGUCACCGCAGAUGGGUGGGUGAGCUUGUUUUUGAACUUCAUAAAGGUACUCUCCUCGCUGCUGCUGCCGGUGUAGAUGUCUAAGUUCAUUGUUUCAUUGCUCUGCGGUGUUUGUAUGAAUAUGCCAGCGUUCAUUCAUCCAUUCCGCUGCUGCUGGGCGUGGGAGUUCUUUCCGAUCUGGGGCUGCCUAUCAGGAAUAAUGCUGCUGAGAACGUGCUUCCUCAUUUCUGUUGGGCGUAUACCCAGGAUUGGAACUGCAGGGUAGAUGUACGUCUCGCUUUACAAAAUGCUGCCAGGGGACCCUCGGGCCAGCAGUAUGGAAGCGUUUCAGUUUUACAGCUUGGUUGGGGAGUGAGACGAGAGCGGAUUAAUUUGAACACAGAAAGUGCUCUGCUGGGUGCUGUGGGGACGUCAGGACUUGGGGGGAUGUUUCCUGGAUGAGACCACAUCCAAGCUGGGUCUUCUAGGGUGAGUCAAGCUAGCCGGGUAAGGAAGGGUGGAAAGGGCCGAGCAGAGCGAAGGGGCACCAGAAAGGCGGUGGAGACAGACCACCACACUGUUCUGGCAGAAAUAAGCUGUUCCGAAUGAACAGAGUAAGAUGUGAGGGGUAAAACGGCAGAAGGACGGCAGACAGACCUAGCUGAAUAGAGUUUCAGAGGGGGAGACCCUGUCUGUCACUUUCUCCACUUUGUGUGGCCCCUGAGAGUGCACAUCUUUUGAUUCAGGUGGGGGUGGGGAGGGGGGGUUGGAAAGAUUCGUAAGCCAGAGAGUCAAGGACGUUUGAGAAGCGUUCAGAUGGAUUCUCCGGGGGCAACAUCAAUGGACAGAGGAAGGGCACUGGCCAGGAUGAGAGAGGGGUGGGCCGAGAAAGCCAGCUGGUAAAAUCAAGAGGUGGUCAGGUUUAAGGGAUGAUGGAAGACUGUUGGCUGGCAAGAAAAGGGAAGUUAAUUUUAAAUUUGGAACUUAGCCUUCAAUUCGCAUUAAAACUUUUGAGAAAAAAUGUUACCUUAAGAAUUCUGUUACCCCCAACUCAGUCAUUUAUAACAAUUUUCUGUUCUGUUGGUUUCGUUUUUUUAUUCCUUAAAAAAAGCAAACUUCCUACCCUAAUACCAGCUGGAAAUCCUGGGUCCACCUUUAAAUACUAUCACCCUUCAUUCUGGGGACAUGGGUUGCGGGGGGGUUGGGGGGUAGGGGAGUAGACUUUAUAAAAACUCUGUGUUUUCUUAGAGCCAGGGCUAUUCAUUAUCUAGCAAACCUGACUUCAAAUCUGGAAAAGUCCUGUCUUGCUUUUUAGACUAUAAAUGUGUAUCUAAGUGGAAGACACAAGAGCGAGCGUCUCAUGCUGUCCCCUUGUCCUAAAGCACUGAGCUUGUAUGUUUUCGGACUUCGUAGGAUUGUUAAGUCAAUUUCAAUGUCAAAGUGGAAUAGCUGCUGUAUCUUCUUACAGACUUGCUACCUCCCUGGGAUCCUGCACCCGGGGCACGUGCAGGACCUCCUCUCAUUGGAUUGUUUGGAGAAAAAAGCUGAGCUCUCUGUAGUUUAAUUCCUACUGAAGAGCAAGGGUUUCCUGUUAUUCUUUGUCUUGGUUUUUUAGCAAUUUGUUGUAGUUGUUGUUGACUAGUGAAGUGAAACUCUAAUGUGACAAUUAUCAUUACGGGUUAAAUUGCCCAGGGAGUUAAAAUUAACAGAAAAGGACGUCACGUAAUUAGCGCUUUUCUGACAUUCCCCCAGAAUGUUGUUACGUAUCAUACUUCAUCAUCACCUGUCUUUUGAAAUGAAGAGCAAAAGACUUGCUCCUCUUAAAUGACUCUGGAACCACAUCAUCAUUAAGGCUCACAGUGUUGUAUACUGUAGUACAGAAACCAGCUGCCGUUGGCUUGUUUCUGUGCUGGAAUUAACCCUUGGCCAAAUUUACCCUCUCGUUUAUUGAACACCAGGGGGCGCUCCUGGGAAGUUCAGUAUCUGAAAAACUGAAGGUGAAGCCAAAGGAAAUGGAGGAAACUUGCCAGCAACUGGCAUGAUAGCUGCCAGUUCUGAUUCAUAGAAAGGAAAGGACAGGUUAUGAUCUCAAGUCCUGUGAGAAGGGAACGGCAGGCCAAGAAUGUGUGCUUGUUCAAACAAACAAGGGCUGAUGCACAAGGCACCCUCACCUCCCCAACCUUGUUUUCAGUUUGCCUUUCACUGGAUACACUAACAGAACAGUCUUCUGCCAGAAAGACACCCGGAACCCACAUAUAGGGCCUAAUGGUAAUAAUUCAGAACAGGAAGCCUUCCAGACAAGGCAAGACCUAUAUUUUCCUACUAUUUCUGAAAUUACAGUGCUGUUCCUUUGAGUCUGUCUGACAUCUAGCACUUUGCUCCGUAUCAUAGAUUAGUCUGGAAGCUUCCUGGGACACAAAUAAUGUCGCUUGAUCCUACAUCAGCGGUCCAAAAGAACAAAGAGGAGCCUCUCAGAUUCUUGGUGUUAAGUGGUGUUAAGUUAGACAUUUCUCAAGUUCGUUUUUAUGUGCUUUUUCAAUAAUCCCUUCAUGAACACGGACUCUUUCCGAAGAACCAAAGUUUGUGCAUUUUCAAGAAUACUCUUGAGAUGCAAAUCAUUCCAGGUUAGCAGCACUGUUUACAAACUAAAUAUUCCUUACAAACGAAACGUAUGAAAAUCUGCAUUUAUACGAAAGAAAUGGGGAGGGUAUUUGUUUUAUUGUUGUUCUUACAAGAUUCCUCACAGGAUUCUUUUUAUGUAUUGGUAUACAUUUAAAAUAACAAUAGAGGAGUGCCUGGCUGGCUCAGUCUGUAGAGCUCUUGAUCUCAGGGAUGAGUCCCAUGUUGGGUGGAGACAUUACUUAAAAUCUUCAAAAAAAAAAAAAAAAUUCAGUAUAUAAAUGUGUGUACCUACACAGGUAUAAAUGGUUUCCGGGAACUCAUUUAUGAAGAUAGGCCCACCCACACUUGUUCAGUUGCAUCCUAAUGCCAGAUAUCCAAUUACCUCCAUUCGAUCUACAAGGGGAGGCUGUGUAUCUGUAGCCCGUCCGUUCUCGUCACUGUGUGAGCGCACCACGAUGCACACACUUGUGUGCACCUGUUCUGCUUCCUCUGUGUAACUUCUGCUGUGUACCCCUGCCUGCUCUCCUACUUUUCUUCACUGCCCUUCCCUGAAUCUGUUCUUCCUUGUUCACCUUUUAAUCAUGAGAUGAUUUUGUCUUUUUCAUUUUUUUACAGGUCGUUGAAGGUUUUCUUUUUUUGUUUCAUUUCUGUGCUGACAUUUUGAAUGUUCAAGUUCCGGCGUGAAGUUUAAUUUCUGCAAAGUCCUGGGUAAGAAAAGGCGAAGAUAUUCUACGUUGACACAAAGACUACAAAGGUAGAGGAGAGCCAGCAUCCUGGGCAAGGGAGCAACAUAAUCAGAACACGGCAAGUUGAAUGUAAGACGGAUUCAUUCAAGGGAGCAGGAAUAAACAGAACACUGAGAAGACCGGUCAGAACACACUGAAACACGCAGAACUGCAACACAUCAAGAAAGGAAAAACAGUGUGAUGUGGAGGAGGGUCUCUGGGGAGGGUGGAAAAGAGGGAGCCAGGGCUGGGUGCAAUGGGGAGGAAUCCUGGCCAGGAAAAAGGGAAAGGACUUGGUAAGGUUUUCACAGACGGUGGGCGGGGGAGACACGGCUGAACCAAAGCUGGCUUACGAGGGUCUGUGUCUGGUUGAGAUUAACAGACCAUGAACAGAAGCAGGGAGCAUGGGCUUGGGAGAGGCCGGUUCCUUUUUUGGACGUACUGAGUUUGCCAUGCUGAUGGGCCAUCCAGGCGGAGAUGUUCAAAAGGCAGUUGGAAAUGCAAGUCUGGAACUCCAAAAAGAGUCAGGGCUGGAGAUGCAGACUUAGGCAGCCUCUUCACAGGGGCUGAAGCCGUGUGGCUACAGACAUUGCCAAGGAAGAGAGUGUAGGGAGAGAAGAAAACAAAGCACAGAUUCGUAUGGCAUAAACUCAUCUGGAAUAAAAGCUCAUUAAACUGCUUUCCUGAUCACAGCAAAAACAGUUAAAUAACCAGGCAAAGGUUGAUAACUGUAAAUGAUUUAUGACUGAUUUUUUUUUGACUAAUUAUUCAUUGACUAAUUGUACAUGAUAAACACAUACUACAAAAUGGGAUUAAUAGGGGCAUUUAGGUUGUUUCUUUAAAAUGUUUUAAGAGGUUUUUACUAUUAUUGGGUUGCCCGGGUGGCUGGCUCAAUCGGUGAAGCAUCCGACUUCGGCUCGGGUCAUGAUCUCGUGAUUCACGAGUUCAAGCCCCACAUCAGGCUCUGUGCUGACAGCUUAGAGCCUGGAGCCUGCUUCGGAUUCUGUGUUUCCCCUCUCUCUCUGCCCCUCCUCCGCUGAUGCUCCAUGUCUCUCUCUC